AUGAGGGAGCUUGUGGGGAUGGGAUUCGAUCCCACAGCGGCAGCCGAGGCGGUGCGGGAGACGGGCGGCGCGGGGGUCCAGCAUGCCAUCAACUGGAUGCUGGACCGACCCAAUGUCCCUGCUGCUGCCCCGCGGCCGGACCCGCACCCCACUGCGGGCCCCCUCGGCCGUUCUCCACUGGCCCUCUCCCAAAGCACGAUCGACCAGGCUUUCCAAGACCUGAGCCAGCUGAUGAGCAAGGCCGAGGAGAUGGUGAAGCUGGCCGAGUACUUCAAGGAGCGCCUGCACCAGCAGCCGGGGGCCGGAGCGCCGGAGGCAGAGCUGGACGCUGAGACGGCCCUGGACCUCUUUGAUCUGGGCCUGGUCACCCCAGUGACCAAGGAGAGUGCCGGGCGGCAGUACCACCGGGAGCUUGCUCGACAGCUGGUGGAGGUGCUGCAGGGCCCGCUCCAGAAGGCCGGCGGCAUGCUGCCGCUGCCGGAGGUGUACUGCCUGUAUUGCCGCGUGCGGGGCUCGGAGCUCAUCUCCCCCGACGACCUACUGCAUGCGCUGGAGUGCCUGCCCCACGUGCAGGCGCCCAUGCAGCUGAGGGACUUCACCUCUGGUCUGCGGGUGGUGCAGGCCGCCUCGUUUUCGGAUGACAGGCUGUGCCAGCGGAUUCUGGACAUCCUCGGCGGCGAGGGGCCAGCCGGUCAGCCUCUGGGCCAGGGACUCAGCGUAGAGGAUGCUGUCGCCAUCCUGGGUACCCCCAGAGCCCUGGCGGCGGAGCAGCUGGAGCUCGCCGAGGGCAGGGGAUUGCUGUGCAGGGACGAUGCUGGGCACGGCAGCGUGGUGUUUUAUCGCAACUUUUUUGCCGCCCUGUGA